CCAGAAUGCUUCAGUAUGCUUGCCUAGCCUUCUCCAACAAUGCAGCUCAAUGUAAAAUUUAUCGUGCACACAGGGGGAUCUAGAUCUAGCUAGCUACGCGUACAUGGUUACAUUAAACACCGAGCAUGCCAUUUUGUUAUCACCUUGCAUAACGUGACAUAUAUUUUGAAGCCUUUUGAAGGUUUUUAUUUGGAGACAUUUCGGAGCUUCAUACCGGUUUCAGGUCUUGUUAUUCAACAUUGAAGGAGAAUUUGGAGGCCUUUCAUUCUUUGACGGACCUAGAAGAAAUGGGCACAACCAGGGCAGUAGCAGCUGACCCAUGAUGCCACACUGCAGGACUGUGACCAGCCAUGCUCUCCUCCCCAACGUUUACCAGCAGGGGCUCCUCUCCACCCGACAGUUUGCUCCCAUAGGCCAGAAAUACAACUACACCAUACAAGAGGAACGAUGGCAAGGACUUGUUUGAACUAUGGCACGCCAGCAAGACAAAGGUGAAGUCCCCCAACAUCUGAUACCAAAAGGAAAACCACAAUCAGGUAGAUCCACACAGAUGACAUUUUAUCCAUUUUAUGAGGACAAAACAAGUCGAUUUAACAAUUCUGAUGGUUUAGCGGCUACACUGUUUCACCAUGUUGACGAGGUUGCACCAUGGCUGCUGAUCCCUGUAGACUAGUAGAGACUCUGGCGCUGAGCUAAGCCCAGUGACCCUAACCCAUGAUGCAGCGUAACGGUGGCGGGGUGGGGCCCGGCGGCCAGCCGUGGCUGCUGCGGCGCGUGCGCCUCACCUGGCUCAGCUUCAUGCUCUUCUUCAUCCUGGUUUUCUUCCCACUCAUCGCCCACUACUACCUCACCACCAUCGACGAGGCGGGCGGCCCCGACAAGCGCAUCUUCGGCCCGCGGCCCGGCGGCGAACUGUGCGAGACCAAGCACGUGCAAGACCUGUGCCGUAUCCGCGAGUCAGUCAGUGAGGAGCUGCUACAGCUGGAGGCAAAGCGGCAGGAGCUGAACGGGGAGAUCUCCCGGCUCAACCUGCGCAUCGAGGCGUGCAAGCGGAGCAUCGACAGUGCCAAGCAGGACCUGCUGCAGCUGAAGAAUGUCAUCAGCCAGACGGAGCACUCGUACAAAGAGCUGAUGGCUCAGAACCAACCCAAGCUCUCUCUGCCCGUGAGGUUAUUACCCGACAAGGACGACCCAGGCCUGCCCCCGCCCAAGUCUGCCCGUGCCUGCCGCCUGCGCUCCUGCUUCGACUACGCCCGCUGCCCGUUGACCUCUGGCUUCCCUGUGUACGUCUAUGACACGGCCUCCUACCCCUGGGGCGAGUCCCUGGACCCAUUGGUCAAGCAGGCCUUCGCCACCUCGGUAAAGAGUAGCAUCUAUGUGACGAACAACCCCAGCAUCGCCUGUCUGUAUGUGGUGCUGGUUGGGGAGCUGCAGGAGACUCCCUCCUCCCCCCUCCCGGCUUCCUUGGAGCUGGAGAAGCAGCUGAAGGCUCUACCCUACUGGAGGUCUGAUGGACACAACCACCUCCUGGUCCAUCUUUCCAGGAAGUCCAUGACGCAGAACUUCCUGUACAAUGUGAGCACGGGCCGAGCGGCAGUGGCCCAGUCUACCUUCCUGGAGCAGCAGUACCGCGAGGGAUUUGACUUGGUGGUGUCCCCGCUGGUCCACGCCCUAUCUGAGCCCAACUUCCUGGAGGUGCCGCCCCAGGUGCCCGUCAAGAGGAAGUACCUGUUCACCUUCCAGGGCGAAAAGGUGGAGUCUCUGCGAAGUAGCCUGCAGGAGGGACCGCACCAGUCCUUUGAGGAGGAGAUGGAGGGAGAUGCGCCAGCCGACUACGAUGACCGCAUCAUCGGCACGCUCAAGGCGGUUCAGGACAGCCGCCUGGACCAGGUGCUGGUGGAGUUCACCUGUAAGAGCCCGCGGCCCAGCCUGCCUACCGAGUGGGCUCUGUGUGGCGAGAGGGAGGAGCGGCUCGAGGUCCUCAAGGCCUCCACCUUCGCCCUGGUCAUCUCCCCCGGGGACUGUCAGUUGGUGGCCUCUGCAGGCAGUAGCAUGAGGCUGUUUGAAGCCCUAGAGGUGGGGGCCAUCCCUGUGGUGCUUGGGGACCACGCUAGGCUGCCCUACCAUGAGCUGAUCCGCUGGAGCGAGGCAGCAAUCAUGGUGCCUAAGCCCCGCAUCACCGAGCUGCAUUUCCUGCUGCGCAGCCUAUCAGACAACGACCUGCUGGCCAUGCGACGACAGGGACGCUUCCUGUGGGAGACCUACUUCUCCACCUCGGAGAAUGUACUGGGCACCAUCCUGGCCAGCGUCCGGACCAGCAUCCAGGUGCCUGCCGCACCCAUCCGCGAGGAGCCCGCCCAGGAGAUCCCCCACAAAGCAGGCAAGAUGGCCGGCACGGACGCCAACCUGGCCGACAACGGUGACCUGGACCUGGGCCCCGUGGAGACAGAGCCACCCUACGCCUCGCCGCGCUUCCUCCGCAACUUUACCUACACGUCAGCCAACACCUACCAGACCUGGAACCGUGCCCCGGGGCCUUUCCAUCUGUUCCCCCACACGCCACUGGACCCCGUGCUGCCCUCGGAGGCCAAGUUCCUGGGCUCGGGCACGGGCUUUCGCCCCAUUGGCGGCGGUGCUGGGGGCUCGGGGAAGGAGUUUCAGGCAGCGCUGGGUGGUAACGUGCCCCGGGAGCAGUUCACGGUGGUCAUGCUGACCUACGAGAGGGAGGAGGUGCUAAUGAACUCCCUGGAAAGGCUCAACGGGUUGCCCUACCUCAACAAGGUGGUGGUGGUGUGGAACUCCCCCAAGCCUCCUUCAGACGACCUGCUGUGGCCAGACAUCGGCCUGCCCAUCGUGGUGGUGCGCACGGAGAAGAACAGCCUCAACAACCGCUUCCUGCCCUGGGACGCCGUGGAGACGGAGGCCAUCUUGUCCAUCGACGACGACGCCCACCUCCGCCAUGACGAGAUUAUGUUUGGGUUCAGGGUGUGGCGGGAGGCCAGGGACCGCAUCGUGGGCUUCCCCGGGAGGUUUCAUGCCUGGGACGUCAACCACCAGUCAUGGCUCUACAACUCUAACUACUCCUGUGAACUGUCCAUGGUGCUGACGGGCGCCGCCUUCUUUCACAAGUACUACGCGUACCUGUACUCGUAUGUGAUGCCUCAGGCCAUCCGCGACAUGGUGGACGAGUACAUCAACUGCGAGGAUAUCGCCAUGAACUUCCUAGUGUCACACAUCACCCGAAAGCCCCCUAUCAAGGUGACGUCUCGUUGGACCUUCCGCUGCCCCGGCUGCCCACAGGCCCUGUCGCACGACGACUCUCACUUCCACGAGCGCCACAAGUGCAUCAACUUCUUUGUCAAGGUGUACGGCUACAUGCCCUUACUCUACACACAGUUCCGCGUGGACUCUGUGCUCUUCAAGACACGUCUGCCCCACGACAAGACUAAGUGCUUCAAGUUCAUCUAGCCCAGGGCUAGGCCCAGCUAAGGAAGUUGGGCAGAACGGAGCAAGAGAAUGAGGAACUCGGGCAAAACGGAAGAAAGGCGGAAGAGGGAGCAGAGAGGGCUGGUUCUGAGAUGGAUGGAGGUUUGGGGGUGAGGGCCUACACCUAAGAAUUGGAUCUAGGAUGUACAAUAACAACCCUCUCCAGUUAAUUGGCUGAACCCCCUCAGAGCCGCCCCCCCACACCUUUACUGGAACCCCUGAUAGGCUGGAAGCAGAGAAGGGCCGCUGCCAAUCAAAAAGCCUUUUCGUUUGUUUUCUGUCAUGUCAUCUGUGUGUUUUAUCAGCAACCACUACAGAUUCAAUUUUUUGCGCCACUUUUUAUGGGCACGAGGGGUGGUAACACUGCCUACCCAAGGACUUAACUUGACUCUCAGAGCCAAACUCAAACUGACAAUGUAAACGACUGGUUUUAAACUGACACAGGGAGAGCGAGACCGAGAGACAGUGGACUGUCGCAGUGGGUCCUGAGCUCCUGAAUCGCUAGCUAGACAUGUAACCUUUUGGGAGAGAAACAAAGGGGCAAAGGCAUAUACGGUUUGUCAUUGCACUCAUUUCAUUAUUUUAUUAUUUUUUUUACUCAUUUUACAUUUAUAUACUCUACUCUUGUAUAUGAAACCGCGAGAGAAGCACUGAUGGUCGCAGAAGUAUUUUUUUUCCGGUGAUCUUGUUUUUUUUGUUUGGUAUUAGGCUACCUAUCAAUGGUCGGUGUUAACUGACGGGUUAGUCGUUCCUAUAUAGUCCUCUAAUGAGGUGUUCAGUAAUGGAGGAGGGUGAACUUGCCCCUAGAUUCUGAUAUUGGGUCAGUUUUGCAUUUCCCCCACCAAUGGUUAAAGGCCCAGUGCAGUCAAAACCGUUGAUUUUUGUGUUUUAUCAUGUAUUUCCACACUGUGAGGUUGGAAUAAUACUGUGAAAUUCUGAAAAUGGUGACGCCUUUUUUAGUUUAAGAUCUGUUUGAAAAGACAGACAAUUCAGCCUGUUUUGGUGGGAGGGUGUUUUGGCCUGGUGACAUGACCAGGUGGUAAAUAAGACUUUCAGACCUCUCUGCCAAUAACAGCUCAGACCACUGCUCUUUGCUAAGAAGCUAUUUUUGUUUGUUUUCAAUUCAAAUGGUCAAAAGGAAUCACAGUAAGGUACUUGUUACCCAGAAGUGAUUUGAUAUUGAGAUACAAAUGGCUGCAUUGGACCUUUAAGGUUAGGAUUGGGGGAGGAGAAGCUGAUCCCAGAUCUGUACCUAGGGGAAGACUUGACCCCGGAACAUUUAAUCAUUGUUUCAAUUGGGCACUUUUGGGAAACACAAGUCUAAACAUAUCAGACCUUAGUGCAAGGAACUGAAAAACAAGCUUAUUUUGGUGUUUCUAUCCCUCAUCAUCAUCACAGUUCCAUUCAGUAUUAACCUCCAAAAUGAGCUGCUUCUCUGUACAGCGUCUCCACGUCCGGUCCCUCAAAUUUCAUUUUGUAACGAUUGAUGCUCAAUGAAUGUUUUAUUUGCCAAAUAGGUACGAUUUUAACUGCUGAAAAACAGCACAAUGUUUUGCAGAGUGCACAAUGUGAACGCUUGUUAAUAGGAUAUGGUCUGGUACACCCUUACCCCCUCACCCCUUUUAGACAGCACCCCCCACUCCCCCCUCUUAAAAAAGAAAAGAAAGUUGACUCCCCCCUCACCAAUUGAAAUGGCAGUGCCUAUACAGCCCUUAUAAAUGAACGUGCUUUGACCUUUUCUGGCUUCAUUCCAUUGAUUUGACUUGAGGAUCUAAUCUGUAACACUAGAUCCUUUAUUUGAGAUGAUUCAGGAGAUGUGACGACACUGUUGAUCAGCAAUAGGAAUCUAUUUGAUUCUGGGAAGUUCAAACUACGGAACUCCACAUUAUCGUCCCCAUGAUGUCUGUAUAUUUAUUGAAUUGAAUAUAUCAAAUGGGUAUACGAAGGCUUGCUUCUGAAGGGGUUAACUUUGUGACUAGAAAUGGUGGCUGCAAUAAAAAUGAAACGUGAUCUUGGUCAACGGAACCUCCUCACCUGACUGACCACGCAUCACUGGUCCACUUCAACAUCUAUUCCACAUUGGUUCAAAGUCCUUUCAUUGAAAUGACGUGGAAACAACUUUGAUUCAACCACAGUGUGUGUGCCCAGUGGGGGGGGCCUCAUUAGAACACUAACGAGAACCAGCAGGUGGCAUUGACCGCUCGACUUAAAACUCGCCCUAAAACACAGACCUAGGGAUCAUCUCUAGCCUUCGCCAAUCCUAACCUGAACCUUUUUAAGAGGUGAAAAGCAAAACUGAUCUGAGAUCAAGUCUUUGAGACCACUACAGCCAGGGUAUGUGCUCAAACCUGUUUUUGACUGACUCAGUCAGCCCAUUUGCAAUAAUGUGCACUCACACAUACCAGUGGCUUGAGUUUGAGCUCCAGAUGCUGUCUGAAAAAUGACCUGGCUGACAGACACACUCCUAACAUUUCCAGGGGCAGGGAGGGGUCGACUCGGGUGACGUCUCAUGCAGUGCUUUGGAAGUCCCACCUCUCACCUCCCCAUUUUCCCCCUCGGCGGACAAUGACACAGCUGGGUUUUCUAGUGUCAACAGAUGAAGAGGGCCAGGAAAAAGCCACCAAUCAUUCCUCUAGCUAGCUGUUUAAGUGUUCUGAAACUAUGCGCUCAUGGGACUGUUUCCCCCAACACACCCAGCCCUGGGUCUUGUUCAUUAGGCACCAAACAGACUGAAACAGGAAGUCCCUACCUGGAGUUGGUCCAAUACAUUAAAAAAAAAAAAAUCUAAAAUCAAAAAACGCUUUAAAGCUGUUUGCUAGUGUGCCUCAAUGAAUAGGACCCUGGGCUAGGCUACCUGCCAACUGCAACUACUGCUGCCUGCCCUGUUCUGUACCAGACUGACCACUGAUGACAGGGUAAAACAAGCCGUUGAAGGCCAGACAUGGAAUUAAAAUCUCAACGUUAGUUUAAAGCGUG